CCCCUCCCUCCCUUCCCCCUCCCUCUCCCCUUUCGCUUUGAUUUCGCUCUCCUCCUCCCCUCUGCGUGUGUGUGUGUGUUUUUCGCCGCCGCCGCCGCUCUCCACCGAGCCCCUUGGCAUGAGUUAAGCACCAGCGAUGGACACCAAACACUUCCUGCCACUGGAUUUCUCAAACCAAGUCAAUUCCACAUCCCUGAACUCCCCGACGAGCCGAGGCCCCAUGGCCACCCCAUCCCUGCACCCGUCCAUUGGGCCGGGCAUCGGCUCCUCGCUGGGCUCCCCGGGCCAGCUGCACUCGCCCAUCAGCACCCUGAGCUCGCCCAUCAACGGCAUGGGGCCACCCUUCUCCGUCAUCAGCUCCCCCAUGGGCCCGCACUCGAUGUCUGUCCCCUCCACACCCAGCCUGGGAUUCGGCACCAGCAGCCCGCAGCUCAACUCACCCAUGAACCCCGUCAGCAGCUCAGAAGAUAUCAAGCCACCCCUGGGGCUCAACGGAGUCCUCAAAGUGCCAGCACAUCCCUCAGGAACAAUGGCCUCCUUCACCAAGCACAUAUGUGCCAUCUGCGGGGACAGAUCUUCAGGUAAACAUUACGGGGUGUACAGCUGCGAGGGCUGCAAAGGCUUCUUCAAGCGCACGGUGCGGAAGGACCUGACCUACACCUGCCGCGACAACAAGGACUGCUUGAUCGACAAGCGCCAGCGCAACCGCUGCCAGUACUGCCGCUACCAGAAGUGUCUUGCCAUGGGGAUGAAGCGGGAAGCUGUGCAGGAGGAGAGGCAGCGGGGGAAAGACCGCAACGAGAACGAAGUGGAGUCCACAAGUAGCGCCAACGAGGACAUGCCCGUGGAGAAGAUCCUGGAAGCAGAACUCGCUGUGGAGCCAAAGACAGAGACGUACAUUGAGGCAAACAUGGGCCUGACGCCGAGCUCGCCCAACGACCCGGUGACGAACAUUUGCCAGGCGGCCGACAAGCAGCUCUUCACCCUGGUGGAGUGGGCCAAGAGGAUCCCCCAUUUCUCGGAGCUGCCCCUGGAUGACCAGGUCAUCCUGCUGCGAGCAGGGUGGAACGAGCUCCUCAUCGCCUCCUUCUCCCACCGCUCCAUAGCAGUGAAGGACGGGAUCCUGCUGGCCACUGGGCUGCACGUGCACCGCAACAGCGCGCACAGCGCCGGCGUCGGGGCCAUCUUCGACAGAGUACUGACAGAGCUCGUGUCAAAGAUGCGAGACAUGCAGAUGGACAAGACAGAGCUGGGCUGCCUGCGAGCCAUCGUCCUCUUCAACCCCGACUCAAAAGGUCUCUCCAACCCGGCUGAAGUGGAGGCGUUACGGGAGAAGGUGUACGCGUCGCUGGAGGCGUACUGCAAGCACAAAUACCCCGACCAGCCCGGGAGGUUCGCCAAGCUCCUGCUCCGCCUGCCAGCCCUGCGGUCCAUCGGCCUCAAAUGCCUGGAGCACCUCUUCUUCUUCAAGCUAAUAGGCGACACGCCUAUCGACACCUUCUUGAUGGAAAUGCUGGAAGCGCCCCAUCAAAUGACUUAGAGAACUGCUGCUGGGUCAGUCCCUCGCCCGGCCAGGGCCAUGCGGGCUCCGUCCUCUGCUUCCUCCUCCUCCGCCCCAGCCCCUUCCCUCUGCUCCCCGAAUGCUGGAGGCACCGUCCGAGCUUCUCCGCGUGGUCCCCGGGUCGAACCCGCACCUCCUUGCCGCCUCAUCACGUUGACCCUUUUGUCCGUUCGCUGUCACUGCUGCAUCUCAAGACCUCUGAUGGCUGUUUCCCUGCGGUAGAUGUAGAGGAGUGGGGACGGAGCGCUUCGCACCAGUGCCGGGUGGUGGCACUUGUCGUGGGAGCGGGGACGGUCCCGUCCCAUCCCGGCCCCGCAGCGGGGUUUGGACGAGCCAAGGGAGCGGUUCGGCUCUCCCGGAUUGCAGCUGGCUAUUUUCAGAGGAUGGAGGUUUUUUU